UCUAACUCUGACAGACUAAGAUGAGUUCAAGCAAGAAAUUGGGCUUUAAAGCCCGAUUUUUUGCAGCCCUUAGAAACUUUCACAGAAAGCUAAAGGCUACAUUCACUUUAUCUACACGGAAAAAAUCAGAGAAAAAAAGUGAUGACCAGAAGGAGAAGAUGGUCGCACCUAGAAAGCGAGAGCGAGAGGAAAGCUCCGAGGGACACGGCAUCUCCAUAAAGAAGAGCAGAACCUACUUUGCUGCCCCCAGCCCAACACAAACGGAACCAAACAUGGCGAUGCCCGAGCUGCAAGAGAUUGCCCAGGCGAGCCCAUUGGUUGAACCGUGUUUGGAGCUGGAGAAAAAGGAGGUUUCUGUACCCAAGGAAGGAUUGAAGCGCCCAAGAACAGAAGAGGAUAAUGAAGAAAUACCUAUUAAACGGCUCAAAAGCACAAUACCCAGUGCUGAGGGUAUAGAAACCCCCCAACCGGGACCGAGUUCAGAAGUCGAACUUCCGAUCCCUGUUGACCGGACAUUAUCCCUCGGCAGAUUCAGUUUCCAUAAAGUACUCGGAAAAGGAUCAUUUGGAAAGGUCCUCCUGGCACGAGACCUUCUCACAGGACAGUGGGUAGCAGUGAAACGAAUCAAGAAGAGGCCACUGUUGAACCACACGGGCAGCGCCAAGAUUGAGAAGAAGAUACUGGAAUUAGCCCAGGACUGUGUGUUCCUCACUCGAGCGUUUGGCUCUUUUCAGACUGAGGACAGCAUUUACUUUGUGAUGGAAUAUGCAGCCGGAGGGACCUUAUUAGAUCUCUGCCUGAAUGGGAACUCCAUGGAUAUCGAGCAGAUCAGGUUCAUAGCGGCAGAAGUUAUCUGCGGCCUGAAUUUCCUGCAUUCUCGGCUGAUUAUCCAUCGGGACCUGAAACUGGGAAAUAUUCUGCUUGAUGGCAGCGGUCACAUCAAAAUAGCGGAUUUCGGCCUCGCUGUACAGACUCUCUAUGGAUUGGCCAAAGGCCGAGCGGGAACAAGGGGGUACACGGCUCCUGAGGUAACCCGCCGGGAGGUGUACGAUUGCUCUGCGGAUUAUUACUCACUCGGAGUAAUGCUGUUUUAUUUGGCCACUAAGCUGACAUCCAUAUACAUAGAAGAUCCAGGGGCGAGAGAAGGUAUAGACGGCCUGGAUUCUGACCUCAGGGACAUUAUCCAGAAGCUAACCUGUGACAAUCGUGUCGCAAGGAUGAACUUUGUCGCCUCCAUAAAGGAUCAUCCGUUCUUUGCAUCCAUUAAUUGGGACGCCCUGGAGGCAAGAGAAAUAGAUUCUCCCUUGAUACUACCUCCAGCAGAGGACGUACCAGACGCGGUGCCGCACAAGACGCUGAUCAGCUCCGACAAAGACAAGACUCCCAUAACGUCCAAACAACAGGCUCACUUUAAAGGAUUAUCCUUUGUGUGUAAAGAAUGGGGAGUCACGGGAUCAGCAGAUCCAGAUUCCCAUUCUGCACAAGGGAAGACAUAAGGAGGCAACAGUAGGUUAAUCGAACUGUGCAAAAUGAGAGUAUGGAGAUCCCAGGUACACAGAUGGGGGGAGCGGUAGGAGGGGGCCGGCACAGGCUGCAGCUGGGGAGCGGUAGGAGGAGGCCAGUGGGGGCUGCAGCUGGGGAGCGGUAGGAGGGGCCGGCACAGGCUGCAGCUGGGGAGCGGUAGGAGGGGCCGGCACAGGCUGCAGCUGUAGAGCGGUAGGAGGGGGCCGGCACAGGCUGCAGCUGUAGAACGGUAGGAGGCUUCAGCAAGAGAGAUCGACUCGGAACCUACUGGAACAGGCUUCAGCAAGAGAGAUCGACUCGGAACCUACUGGAACAGGCUUCAGCAACAGAGAUCAACUCGGAACCUACUGGAACAGGCUUCAGCAAGAGAGAUCGACUCAGAACCUACUGGAACAGGCUUCAGCAAGAGAGAUCGACUCGGAACCUACUGGAACAGGCUUCAGCAAGAGAGAUCGACUCGGAACCUACUGGAACAGGCUUCAGCAAGAGAGAUCGACUCGGAACCUACUGAAACAGGCUUCAGCAAGAGAGAUCGACUCGGAACCUGCUGGAAUAGGCUUCAGCAAGAGAGAUCGACUCGGAACCUACUGGAACAGGCUUCAGCAAGAGAGAUCGACUCGGAACCUACUGGAACAGGCUUCAGCAAGAGAGAUCGACUCGGAACCUACUGGAACAGACUUCAGCAAGAGAGAUCGACUUGGAACCGACCGACCUACUGGAACAGGCUUCAGCAACAGAGAUCGACUCCGAACCUACUGGAAUAGGCUUCAGCAAGAGAGAUCGACUCGGAACCUACUGGAACAGGCUUCAGCAAGAGAGAUCGACUUGGAACCUACUGGAACAGGCUUCAGCAACAGAGAUCGACUCCGAACCUAAGUUAAUAAAUGUUAAUUAAAAGAGAA